CCCCCCGAUGCACAGACGGACGCGUGCGCCCAUGAUGCGUACAUUGUUUUCGCGGCCCCCCCGCCCCCUCCUCGCCCCCGGGGGUGUGCGCCAGGGUGUCGGUUGUUGUUAUCGCCGCCGCGAGGGCCUUUUUUCUUUUGACACACCUCACAGCCACCUCCGACCCCACCUGGACUCUCUCUCUUCCCCCCUCCCCUCUCCGGCACUGCUCACCUUCCGCGAAAAGUGCACCCACAUAAACACGACACGCACUGACGCCGUGUCGUAAGUGGGUUAUUUUCCUUUCCCCUCCCCUCCUUCUUUUUUGGUAGGUCUCGCCUCCUCGGCCGCUCGCGGUCCCGACACACCCCCCUCCCCCGCCUCCGCACUCUCCGAUGACCCCGAGCUCUCCCCAGGGCCCGGGCGGCUCCGACCAGGGCACACCCGCCGCCGGUGCGGCCCCCCCGCCAGCCUCCGUCACUCCCUUCCAUCUUGACGAUCAGGAUGACGACCCCCUUGAGGACUUCACCAGCCAUCCGCAGGACGAGGCCAUCCGGACUUCCUUCGAGUAUGAGCCCGGGUCGGGCUUCCCUUCGGCCUCGGGUGGUGUGCACCUCGGCCAGCACCCCCACAUGGGCUACAUGGACGAGCACUCGGUGGGCUUCGAGUUCUCCCAGGCCACUGCCAGCGGCAAUGUCACCGGGUCCCGUACUCCCGGCUAUGAUGCGUCUGCCGAUCGCCACAUGCUCGACCCUGAGACACGAGGCCGGUCGUCUGGCUCUUUCCGGUCUGUCCGCCGAAGUGGCCGGACCUCCGACUACUCGGCCGACGGCCGCAUUGAGGUUGACCACUAUGACCCGCCUGCCACCGGGGCCACUGGCCUUUCGGAUGGCGAGGACGACUUCACCAGCGAGGGGGAGAUCAACCCCUUUGGCACCCGUGCCUUUGCCAUCUCGGCUCCUCGGCCGCGAAAGUCCUACCUCCAUUCGCUGAACACCGGCGGCCGCCGGCCCUAUGGCGAUGCCGGCGACAUGGAGAGUCAAUUCCUCGAGGCGCCCUUCUACCAGGCCACCGACCAUGAUCUGGAUCUCCCCCCGAACCAGCACCUCGGCCCGGAUGGCGGAUUCUACUUCCAGGAGGACACCCACGACCAGCCGCCCGGUGCCCCGGUGCCCGGCCGGCGGACCCCCACCACGCGGCAUCUCAUCGGCAACUUCAUCUGGCUGCUGCUCUUUGGCUGGUGGCUGGCCCUGCUGCUGGUUGUCGCUGGUCUGCUCAUGUGUCUGACCAUCAUCGGCAGCCACUACCUCCCGGUGGCCAUGUCCCUGGCCGAGUAUGUGGCUUGGCCCUUCAACAAGCGCUGCGUGGUCGCCCUGCCGGAGGCCGGGCGCUUCCCUCCCUCCGCCUCGGAGCAUGGUCCCGGCUUCAGCCUUCUGGUGGACGAGUGCCCGAUCGGGGAUGGAUCUUCCCAGCCGGCCAAUGGCGCCGGCGCCGGCACCGCCACCGGCGCCCCCGAUAACGGCCAGUUCGGCCCCGACAUCUAUCCCCCCCCGCCGGCCUUCUCCCUGCCAGCCACCUCCAACGACCGGCUGAUCCGCUUUGUCUGGAUGUUCCUGGUGACUGUGCUCCUGGCCGGGCCGACCCUCCUGGUGGCCGGGCUUUGCUGGAUGUCGGUCGGGCUGAUCCCCAUGGCCCGGGCCCAGUGGGCCCUGCUGCGGGCUCUGUAUCGCGCGCCGCUGGUGCUCCGGUCGGCGGAUUCCACCAGCGCCCCCGCCGGCGCGGUCCUCGUGGUGCCGACUCACACUUCGGCCUUCACGGCUCGGCACUUCGGUGACACGGUCGACGGGGCCAACAUCGUCUUUGUCAACCUCCUGCCAUUGGUCCUGCUGACCCUCUUCAUCGGUUACAUGCUGCCGCUCUUCGGGGCCGGCAAUGCCGAUCCCAUGUUCCUCUUCAUGCUGUCCCUCUUUUCGGUCAUCCCUCUGGUGUACUUCGUCGGCAUGGGCGUUGCCUCGGUGUCGGCCCAGUCUAAUGCCGCCAUCGCGGCCGUCGUCAAUGCCUCCUUCGGCUCGAUCGUCGAAAUCCUGCUCUACAUCAUUGCCCUCAUGAAUGAGAAGGGCUACCUGGUGCUCGGGUCCAUGGUCGGCUCGCUGGUCGGCACAAACCUCUUUGUCCCCGGCAUUGCCAUGAUUGCCGGCGGGUGGAAGCGCAAGGAGCAACGCUUCAAUGUCAAGUCCUUCGGCGUGACGUCCAUGCUCCUGUUGGUGUCCAUUGCCUUGUGCUUCCUGCCGACGGUGUUCUACAAGAUGACUGGCCCCCAUGCGCUGGUGUGCUCCGGCUGCCCGCUCCGGCCCCCGGGCGGCGAACUGCCGGACAUCAGUGCCAGCACCAGCACCACCCCCUCCCUCAGUGCCUCCUCCUCGCUGCCGGAUCCCGAUGAUCUCUUCAUGUGCGAGAGUUGCACCCUGGCCAACCCGCCCUUCGGCGAAGAUCCCUACUUCCUGAAGGUCGUUCGUCCGAUGAUCCUGGUCAUCACGGCCAUCCUGCCCGCCACCUACAUCAUCGGCCUUUACUACUUCCUGCGCACGCACGCCAACCGGAUUUACGCCGAGCCUGGCAGCAAGAAGUCCUCCGGCCGCCGGCGCCGGUCCUCCAUCGAUGCCACAUCCAUCGGCGCCCAUACCCAUCGGAAGUCCUUCGACGAGCUGUCCCUCUCGGAUUCCGGAUCCAUCCUGUCGUUGCUCCCGCACACCGAGCCGAACGCCUCUUCCCUGGGCGCCGUUGGUGCUCCGGACGACCUGCCCGUCUCCUCGCCGUCAUCCCUCACGCCAUACACCCACUCCACUCAGGGCGCCUUCCCCCCGGCAUCUGUGGCGGCACAUUCGCCGCAUCUUUCGGUCGCCGGGGCCCAGGCUCAGCAGCAGCAGCAGCAGCAGCAGCAACAGCAGCAGCAGCAGCAGCAGCAGCAUGGCAGCCGCUACCACGGGACGGGUGACUUCGCCGAGGGUGCCAUGCCGGCUGGUGGCAAUGCCUCCGCCAGCCACCUGUCCAUCAACACGGGAGGCGGGGACAUGCUCCGCCAGCGGGCACACACCACCGUCGCCGCCUACGGCAGUGGCAGCAUCGAGAAUGUGGCUGGCCGGACUUCGAUCUCCGGCGGGUCGGCCAUCAUCUCCCCGAGCACACAUGAUAUCCACCUUGCGCGCAUUCGCUCGCAGUCUCUCCACCGGGCGGAUGCCGCUGGCAUGAUUCCGCCGCCGCGGCUGUCCAUGACCGGUCGGACCCCGUCGAUUGCCGCCCUGUCGGUGGCUGGCCGAUCAACCGGCGCCGGUGCGGCGGCCGCUCAACAUUCCGGCCCGGGUUGGUCGCGGCCCAAGGCUCUGGCCAUCCUGCUGGUGGCCACGGUGUGCUUUGCCCUGCUGGCCGAGCUGCUGGUCGGUUCGGUGGACGCCGUGAUCGCUGGUUCCGGCAUCCCGGAGAAGUUCAUCGGCUUCACCCUCUUCGCCAUGGUCCCCUCGGCCACGGAGUAUGUGAAUGCCAUGCUCUUUGCCUACCACGACAACAUUGCCCUGGCGCUGGAGAUCGCCAACCAGUAUAUCAUCCAGGUGACUUUCCUUCAGAUCCCGGCCCUGGUGAUCUUCUCCUUUGUCAGCUCGGCCUUCUGGCUGACCGAGCCCAUGAGCUUCGUCAACACCUUCCCUCUGAUUUUCCCCUCGUGGGAUGUCCUGAGUGUCCUGAUCUCGCUGUUCAUUCUGCUGUACGUGAUCAGCGAAGGCAAGACCGACUACUUCAAGGGGUCCCUCCUGUCGAUCGUCUUCAUUACCCUGGUUAUCUUCUACUAUUUCGCCCCUUCCGAGGAUGCUGUCGCCCCGAUGGUCGUCGGUAGCUUCGUUUCUCGCGCACUGGUCCCCGGUGGACGUGGCUAG